AUGGGUCCGGGUUCCGCGGCGGGCUGGAUGCCGGCGCGCUACCUCGUGUACUUCCAGUACCGGGGCACGGACUUCAACGGAGUCGCGGCUGUCCGGGGCGCCCAGCGCGCCGUCGGGGUCCAGGACUACCUGGAGGAGGCCGCAGCGCGGCUGAAUUCCGUCCUGCCGGUCAAGUUCACCAUCUCCAGCCGCACGGACGCCGGGGUCCAUGCCCUGAGUAAUGCCGCGCACCUGGACGUCCAGCGCCGCUCAGGCCAGCCACCCUUCUCCCCUGAGGUCCUGGCCCAGGCCCUCAACACCCACCUGAAGCACCCGGCCAUCAGGGUACUGCAGGCCUUCCGAGUGCCCAGCGACUUUCACGCACGCUACGCAGCCACAUCCAGGACCUACCUGUACCGCUUGGCAACUGGCUGCUCCCGGCCCAGUCAGCUGCCUGUGUUUGAACGGAACUUGUGCUGGGCUCUGCGAGCAGACUGCCUGGAUGUGGACGCCAUGCAGGAGGCUGCCCGGCACCUCCUUGGGACGCAUGACUUCAGCGCCUUCCAGUCGGCCGGCAGCCCAGCCGCUACCCCUGUGCGAACCCUGCGCCAAGUCUCAGUGUCCCCAGGGCCAGCCAGUACCUUCGCCCUCCCCCAGGAGAGCAGCAGGCUGCGCUUCUGGAGCCUGGAGUUUGAGAGUCAGUCUUUCCUGUACAGACAGGUCCGGAGGAUGACAGCGGUGCUGGUGGCCGUGGGGCUGGGGGCUUUGACGCCUGCCCAGGUGAAGGUGAUUCUGGACAGCCAAGACCCCCUGGGCAAAUACCAGUCGCAUGUGGCCCCAGCCUAUGGCUUAUUCCUGAAGUCAGUGCUAUAUGAGGGUCUGGAGGGCCUCGGUCCCGCCUCCUGGGCUCUGUAGGAUCCAGUGUGGAAGCCACAGGUGAGCCCGGACACUCAGCCAAGGUCAUGCCAGCCACGGCACUGUGGGCCCAGCAGGACCAGCCCUCUGCUGGUCAAGCCAGCACGUCCACAGCCACCUGGGGCCACAACAUACCUACCCAGAGUCCCUACCAGCCUGGACGCUGCCGUCUGUGCCGGGUGGACUGGCAUGGGGUGGGGUGAAGGAGACGGGAUGUGCACUGGGAAGGGAAAGCCGAGCGGUCUCUGGUUCUGCUUU